AAACAAACCGUCAACCGGAAGUUUGAGAAGUUGGUUCUGCUCUCUGAGUCUGUCUGGACUGUAACGACAUUAAAACAUUAAAACAUUAUAACAGUAAUAAUAAUACUGACAUCAUCACCACAGUGAGAGGAUGAGUGAGGAUCAUUUCUACCUGGAGCUGUGUGAGAACCCGGUGCAGUUUGAACACGCCUCCAGCGUCAACAACGUCUUCUUCGACGAGGCCAACAAACAGGUGUUUGCGGUGCGUUCAGGUGGAGCCACGGGGGUGGUGGUCAAAGGCCCCGACGACAAGAGCAGUGUUGCCUUCAGAAUGGACGAUAAAGGAGAAGUGAAGUGCAUCAAGUUCUCCAUUGGAAAUAAGAUCUUGGCGGUUCAGAGGACUACGAAAUCUGUGGAUUUCAUCAACUUCAUACCCGACUAUCCUCACACAGAGUUCACCCAGGAAUGCAAGACGAAGAACGCCAGUGUUUUGGGUUUCUGUUGGACCAACUGGAAUGAGAUCGUCUUCAUCACCGACCAGGGAAUAGAGUUCUACCAGGUGUUUCCAGACAAACGCAGCCUGAAGCUCCUGAAGAGUCAGAGCAUUAACGUGAACUGGUACCAGUACUGUCCAGAGACCGCCGUCAUCCUGCUGUCCACCACCGUGCAGGGAAACAUCCUGCAGCCCUUCGCCUUCAGGAACGGGACCAUGUCCAAGAUGUCCAAGUUUGAGAUCGAGCUGCCGGUCGUCCCCAAACCUGCCAAACUCAGCCUGUCGGAGAGGGACAUCGCCAUGGCAACCAUUUACAGUCAGCUGUUUGUGAUGUACCUGAAGCAUCACUCAAGAACAGCCAACAGUCCCAGUGCAGAGGUGGUUCUGUAUCACUUACCGAGGGAGGGUGCGUGUAAGAAGACUCACGUGUUGAAGCUGAACACGACAGGGAAGUUUGCUCUGAACAUCGUGGACAACCUGGUGGUGGUUCAUCACCAGAGCUCCCAGACGUCUCUGAUCUUCGACAUCAAGCUGAAGGAACCAGACUGUGCUGUCAACACACACCAACCUGUCCUACCUGCCCGGUCCAUACACCCCUACAGGAUACCACUGGCAGGUCCAGCCGUCGUUCCCUCUCAGCCUCCAGUACCAUGUCAGCUCUACUCUUCCUCCUGGAGCGUCUUCCAACCCGACAUCAUCAUCAGCGCCAGUGAAGGUUACCUGUGGUACUUGCAGGUGAAGUUGCCUCCGACUGUCAACCUGCUGCAGGACAAAGGCAAACUGAUGGACUUCCUGUUACGACGGAGAGACUGCAAGAUGGUCAUCCUGUCGGUCUGCUCACAGAUUCUGGAAGGCGGGGAGAAGGGAAGUCUUCCUGUCGUGGCGACUGUCUUCGACAAACUCAACCAGGUGUAUAAAGAAUACCUGGAGGCCGAGCAGACCUACACUGUGGCGAUGGAGUCCGGCCCGAGUCGAGGCAGCGCAGCCCAGAAGCGUCCAGUCAGAACUCAGGCGGUCAUCGACCAAUCAGACAUGUACACACACGUCCUGUCUUCAUUCACCGAGAGGAAGGGUGUCUCCCAUAAAUUCAUCAUCGCGGUGCUGAUGGAGUACAUCCGCUCUCUGAACCAGUUCCAGAUCACCGUGCAGCAUUACCUGUAUGAGCUGGUGAUAAAGACGUUGGUGCAACACAACCUCUUCUACAUGCUGCACCAGUUCCUCCAGUAUCACGUCCUCAGCGACUCCAAACCACUGGCUUGUUUACUUCUGUCUCUGGAGAGUACGUAUCCUCCUGCACACCAGCUGUCACUGGACAUGUUGAAGCGUCUCUCCACAGCCAACGAUGAGAUCGUCGAGGUUCUGCUGUCCAAGCAGCAGGUUCUGGGCGCGCUCAGAUUCAUCCGCAGCGUCGGCGGCCAUGACAACGUGUCGUCCAGGAAGUUUCUGGACGCAGCGCGGCAGACCGGAGACCAGAUGUUGUUCUACACCGUGUUCAGGUCGUUUCAGCAGAGGAACCAGCGGCUCAGAGGAAGUCCCAGCUUCAACCCCGGAGAGCACUGUGAGGAGCAUGUGGUUCACUUCAAGCAGCUGUUUGGGGAUCAUGCUCUGAUGAAAGCCUCCACUGUGUGAACCACCAGGACCAGAAACAAACUGUUAACUUACCCGGAUGUCAGCAGACCGGUUGGACUGAGUCUCCCUCAGUUUGGACUCACAGGAAGUUCAGGAGACAACCCGAUGGGGAACAGAUCAUCCCGGGUUAAAUACAGACUUCCAGUCAAUAUCAAUUAUCCUGUCUCUGACGCAUACAAACACGUACUAUAUGAAGGGUCAGGAUAUUUUUAUUUUCAGCAGAAUAUCAGCCGAUAGGCAGUGUGUUUUUUUUAAUACUUCAUCAAACUUACUAGUCAGUCAGCCUCAGUUAAAAAUGAUGCUUAAUGUUUUGGGUAAAUGUUCCUGACCUGUUGCAUGUCCUGCUGGUUGCUUGUGUCCAUGGAACCAGAGAUGUACCUGCACAGGAAAUCGGCAACCUGGAAAAUGACACAAUUGUGUAAACAAGGGGAUCAAUAACCACGUCUUUAUUACCAUGAAUCAGAAUAUAAAACAAAACUGGGACUAAUCUAGUUUGAAUGGCCAAGGUGACGUGUCGCCUGUGGUGGGCGGUGCAAGAGACGGUAUGAUGAGAUGCCUGUAUGAGUAUAUUUUGUACAUAGUGUCUGCACAUUAUACAUGUGCCUGUUUAAAUGUGUACAGCUAAUAAAAGAUUAAAGUAACGGUGUGUGAAA